ACAGGCACACGCGCGCGCUCUUGUGAGGGUGUUUGUUGUAGAGGCUUCAACAAAAGGAGGCUGGAGUGUGUUUGGGAAUGUAGGGACGGUUUUCACCUACGUCUUCAGAAGGAUUGUGGAAAUGAGUCAUCGCUGUGCACGAGGGGAAUACUUGUGCGUGUGCGUGCUUGGGGUGCUCUUCCUGUCUGGGAGGAAAUACGGCACUGUUUUUAUGGGGGAAAGAGCGCAAGUUUUGUUUGUCCCGUGCAAAAUCGGGAGAGAAUUACGUGAGGCAAAAGUUUGCCGUGGAUUUGGAAGGAAACACAUUAAUUUCUCAUCUGUUAGACCAUCUGAGGACGCUCGGGAGCGUUUCUGUGGGGAAGACAGGUUUACCACAGACUGCUUGUGAUCUCUGAUAGCCUGGACAGAUGGCGGAGCCGAGGGCUGCAUGGGUCCAGUGGUCAUGCCCCCAGGGAAGAAGGCGGAGGGCCCCAGCAGCGGAAGCGUGGCGCGGGGUCUGAGUCAGCUGUACCAGGACACCGAGGCAGCUGACCUCUCUCUGGCCCUGUCUGCCUCCCUCAGCCGGGCCGAGGACGAGGAGCUGACCAGCCUCAGCUGGCUGCACGAGAGCACAGAUCUUCUGACCAGUCUGGGUCACUCGGGCCUGCGCAGCGUCAGCCCCCUGCAGGACGCUAACGGAGGCCACGGGCCCUCUUCCUCGCCGUCGUCCUCCCCUGAGCCCAGCGAGCCACCGUACCACCUGUCCACGGGUCCCAGCCGCAAACCGCCCUACUCCUUCAGCUGCCUCAUCUUCAUGGCAAUAGAGGACGCUCCCUCCAAGCGACUUCCUGUCAAAGACAUCUACGGCUGGAUACUUGAGCACUUCCCCUACUUCGCUAGCGCCCCCACUGGCUGGAAGAACUCAGUGCGUCAUAAUCUGUCGCUAAACAAAUGCUUCAAAAAAGUGGAUAAGGAUCGCAGUCAGAGUAUAGGAAAGGGUUCACUCUGGUCUAUUGAUCCUGACUACAGACACAAUCUGAUUCAGGCACUAAAGAAGACUCCAUAUCAUCCGUAUUCCCCUCGGCUUCCAAAACCUUCUACCUCCCCAUCUGCCUCUCCUCAGCAAUACCACAGUCCUCCACUAUGGCCAGGAAGUCCACUCUUCAGAAAGAAUGGUGGAGUGCUCUUACAAGUUCCACAGAGAGUGAUACAGCAUGGCUCACGUGUUGCCGCUCAGGGGCUCUUUCCAGUUAUCAGACCCCUUCCUUUGAGUCCUGUGAGCAAGAGGACCACAGCCGUGAGAUCAGCUCUGGGCGAUUAUCUGACACGGGGUAAAAACAGCCUGCGCAGUGACUCUCCUCCACCCAGCGAUGAUCAGCAGGAGGACCACACAUACAGCAGCUCGCAGUCCCUAAAUACACAGGGGGACAUUUCUUCCUCGCUGUCCUCCUGCUCCACUCAGGGUUCCCUCUCUGCCUACAGCCCCGGUCAGGAGGUGAUGCACACUGAGGUCAAAGAGGAGCAAAAAGACUUCCCGCUGGACGCCACACCACCUCCUUCCCAGCUGCUCCAGCACAGAAGACUGCUGUGGACCAAAGGUCACCUGCGGACCCCCGGCGACACGCUUCCCCUGAAGAAGAGACGGGCUGAAAAGCUCCUGGUCAAAGAGGAGGAAGACGAGGAGAUGAAGGAAGCGGCGGGGUCGUUGCUUCACCUGGCGGGCAUGCGCACCGGUGUGAAUAAAAACACUCAGCGUACGUGUAAAAAGGAGGUGAAAGAGGAAGCCAGUGAUUAGCAAUGAACGAGAAUCCCAUUAACACAGAUCUAAAUACUUCUGUUCCAGGAUAUCAGGUGAAUUCUAGUCAGUUGUUGCAAUAUCAAUAAAAUCACUGUUGUCCCUUGUUAAA